AAAAACAGCACCCAUCUUGUCCUCUACUUCGCUUCUCACAUCAUCACACUCGCUCGAUUCCAUCCAGCAGCUCGCGAUCAAUCCCCAACUUCCUCGUCUGAUCGUCUCGUCCUCCCGACAUCUCCGGUAGCUGCCUCUCCUCCCAAAUCUCCAGAGAAAUGGAGAACAACCUGCCAGUCAAUAUCCGUGAGUACCAAGAACUUGCCAAGAAAGCUUUGCCAAAAAUGCAUUAUGAUUACAUCAAUGGAGGAGCGGAGGAUGAGUACACAUUGAGGGACAAUAUCGCAGCAUAUGGAAGAAUUUUGUUACGGCCUCGAGUUCUUGUAGAUGUCAGCAACAUAAACAUGUCGACAAGCUUAUUGGGAUAUGACAUGCCCUCGCCCAUAAUUGUUGCACCAACAGGGUCACACAAAUUAGCAAAUCCAGAAGGGGAGGUGGCUACAGCAAGAGCUGCAGCAUCGUGUAACAGCAUAAUGGUGCUAUCCUUCUCAUCCAGUUGCAAGAUCGAGGAGGUUGCCUCCAGUUGUAGUGCGAUUCGCUUUUAUCAGUUAUAUGUCUUUAAGAAGAGAGAGGUUUCAGCAACAUUGGUAAGGCGGGCAGAGAGUCUUGGAUUCAAAGCCAUUGUUCUGACAGUUGACACUCCUAUGCUCGGUCGGCGUGAAGCUGAUAUUAGAAAUAAGAUGGUUGCUCCUCCGAAUGAAAACCUCGAAGGUUUAAUGUCCUUUGAUGAUCUUGAUAGUACAGACGGCUCUAAGCUUGAGAAAUAUGCACGUGAUACGCUGGAUCCAUCUUUAUCCUGGAAGGACGUGGAGUGGCUGAAAUCCAUAACCAGCCUGCCGAUCCUACUGAAGGGCAUAGUCACCGCCGAGGACGCCAGGAAAGCCGUGGAGGUCGGGGCGGCGGGCGUGAUCGUGUCCAACCAUGGCGCGCGGCAGCUUGACUACGCGCCUGCCACCAUAUCCGCGCUUGAAGAGGUAGUAAAGGCGGUGGCCGGGGCCGUGCCCGUGCUGGUGGACGGCGGAGUCCGGCGGGGGACCGACGUGCUCAAGGCGCUGGCGCUCGGUGCACGGGCAGUCAUGGUGGGGAGGCCGGUGCUGUUCGGGCUGGCGGCGAGGGGCGAGGCGGGGGCCAAGCACGUGAUCGAGAUGCUGAACAGGGAGCUGGAGCUGGCCAUGGCGCUCUGCGGCUGCCGGAGCGUCGCCGAGGUCACCCGCGACCGUGUCCUGACCGAGGGCGACAGGCUCAGGGCGCUGCUGUGACUGCGAGCGAUGCCGAUGCAGGCGCAGCAACGAACAUUACUUGCUACUAUUGCAAGUUUAAACGGCGGGCAUGGUAUGUG